GGGAUAGGCUCCAGCACCCCCCGCAACCCUGGUGAGGAUAAGCGGUAGAAAAUGAAUGAAUGUUUGUUAUUCUGCUAAUAGUUUGUACUGCAUCCUACAUAGAUGUGUUUUUUUAAUGUUUCCAGAGUCCCAUGUUAGUAAAUUCGAUAAGCACAGUAGCAGAAGCUCUCAGUAUAGGAUAGCAGGCAAAGGCCAAUCAUAAACAUCCUGUUAUGUUCCCAGCUCUUUGACCCCUGAGCAUUAUGAUGAUUCUCAUAUAAAGUAUUCUCCUAUUGGAUCCCAUUAGACUGUGCGGCUCAUAUUGUGAGGUGAGCACAACCCCUUUUUUUUUUUUUUUUUUUUUUUUACAACCCUACUGGUUUUGGUCCCCCCCUUGAUCAGAGUGAGGGCUUCCACACCUUCUCAGACAUGAAAGGUCUGACAUGAGCUUGGUGACAGCUGCAUCCUCUUGGCCAAAUAACAACUCUUCACUGCUUGUUAGGCCUAUGCAGGAGUAUUUUUCUUUUAAAUAAUAAACACUUGGACACACCCAGAGUGCUUUGACAAAUAGCAGUCAUUAAGGCACAAACGCUGGGAGACGUCGGCACUUCAGCAAUAAGCUGGUGUCGUGUUUGCAGGUGUCGCUGACCUUAUUUUACUGCAUGAAUGGGGCAAAAUAUUCAUGAUAUGGAAAUUUGAGCGUGCAGUUUUGUAUAUUUUGUUAUAGUUGUCUAUGUUUAUAUCAAGCAAUGUUUAUUACUUAAAUUCAUAAAAAGAAAAGGCUCAGUUUAGAUUAAAUACAAUUGUGUUACAACUUCAUAUUAAUGUUAUAUUUACCUUUUCAGGCAGCUCAAUAUGUAUGAUUAUAUGGUUGUCAUGAAAUACAUACAUAAAGAUUCAGAUGUCAUUUUUCUAUUGCAUUUUUUACCUUGUAAUUAUUCAUUUAAUGUCACUCUAAUUGGUUUUUAACUCCAUAACAGCUGUAGGUGUUCUAUUAUUUUGCCUGCAGGGGUGCUGGGGUCUCAUUGCACCUUCGUUAGACAGCUCACAUCAAACUGAUAAUUGUCGUCGUGCAGACUUUAAAGAGUCAUCUCCCACAAAGGGAAUCUAAUUAUUUUUCUUUCUAUCGCAUUAUCCGUCUAUUUAGCCUUAUUCACACCUCGGUGAUAACGAACGACGUCCUUCUGGAAGGUCGCGUUUUGCCACUUGUGGUUUUCUUUGAACUUUUUUUUCCGCCUUAGCUGUGAACCCAUAAACCCCCGGAGAUUCCACCGCGUAUAAAAAGUCGCUCGCCUAAAAAAAAAAUCACUGAGAGAAUCUUGUCUGCUGUCAUCAUCUCUGGAUCUGGGGAUAUUUUCUUACAAUGGACCUCGAGGCUAUAACGUCCACAAUACUCGCCGAGUGGAAGGUCAAUGAUGGAGUUUUUGUGGAGGAGCAGCUACAGUCCUCCUCACCGGAAUCUUCCUCAAUGGACUCCGUGUGCUCCUCGCCGGAGAUGUUCUCCACCGGCCAUCAGGAGAUCCAAGACCUCGCCUACGUGUUUGUGGGGCGAAGGUCCCCAUGCGACCCAAAGGCUCUGAGGCAGAACAAGUCCAAGAUGUCCACCAAGAGACGCAUGAAGGCGAGCGAGAGGGAGAAGAUGAGGAUGAGGAGUCUCGCAGAGGCUUUGCACCAGCUCCGGGACUACCUCCCGCCGGACUACACCAAGAGGGGGCAACCUCUGACCAAAAUCCAAACCCUCAAGUACACCAUUGAAUACAUCAACAAGCUCUCGGACAUCCUGAGCCAUGCGUAAAAAGACCCCAUUUACGCAGCUCAUCUUGGACUGUGUGCUUGCUUUGCUUUAUAUUUCUAACUAUUUUUACAUGUUAAAUUAAUAAUUCUGCUUGGUGAUUUUGAUAUUUCUGCCCAUAGUGUAAAUAUUAGGGCACUUAUUGUGUUGUAUAGGAGGAUAUUUGGUAGAAAGCUUGUUUUUCUGUUUGUUUUACCUCAUUACUGACCAAAGCAAUUCAGUCAAGAGACGUUGUGGUGAAAUGCUCUUGUAUUUUAUGUGUGUGGCCUGAGUAGCUGUCUAACUUUGUUGUGCCGAAUUAUGAUGUCAAACAAGUAUGUGUUUUUAUUUUUUAUUCCCCGU